ACAGAAGACAAAACCUAACACCAACAAGGCAAUCCAUUCAUUUCGAAGGAGACUCUGGUUUGCGAUAAAAAUAUCGGUGCAAAUCGAAGUUAAAAGACAGCAAAGGAAUGGCGACUACAACGCAAAACACGAAUAAAUUUCCGCCUCGUUAUAGCAUGUCCGAUUGGCAUCAGUCGAAUGUUAUCGUUCGAACGAGCGCCCAAAGGCUUCGAGACUCUUCACAUCGUAUCAGACAGGAAGGUCGUUGGCUGCGAAACGAGAGCGAUAAUCACACGAGAUGGACGCAGCACGACAGCGAUACUCGCAUGGAAGAGCGUAUUGACGAUGUAAAUACUUGGAAGAAAGCGCUCGAGAAAUGCCUGAAGGAUACAGACGAAGAAAUCCGAUGCCUCGAACGAGAGAAGGAAAGAUGCGAGCGAGCUUUGGAGGCGAAAAAAGUGCCGUUGGAUAUCGCAUUGGAGUGCCUGAUGUUGCGAGAACACAGGAUCGGCAUUGAUCUAGUCCGCGAUCCAGUGGAAGCCAAUUUGGGCAAGGAAGUCGAGGUGAUUGAGGGAUGCAAAGCAUUGCUCCAACAAAAGAUCAAUGAAGCUUCCGAGCAGUUAUGUUUAUUGCAAGAAGCUCGUCAACAGGUUUACCGUGAUCUCACGGACAAGAACAUAGCCUUUGACAUUGAUGGCGAAUGUCGUAAGUUGAACAACAAUUCUACCAACAUCUGUUUCCACCCGGAUCCCACCCGAACCGUGAAGGGCAGCGUGACACCCGAGACCUGGGACCAAUACUCUAACUACAACAAGUUGCGGGCCGAAGCCGAGAUGCAGGCAUCUCAACGCCUGAGGGAGGCAAUCUUUGCCACGAUCCAGAAGACAGCCAACGACCUUGAGUCACAAAGACAGGCGACGGAAUUCAGUUACAGAAAGAGAAUUCACGAGACAGAACAGACUAAAAACGAGUUGGAAUGGCAACAGAAGAAUACCAAACAAGAAAUCGAGACGCUGGAAAAUGAUAUACUUCAAAUCAAGCAGGCAAUAGAAGCAAAGAAAGCGCCAAUGAUGGUCGCUCAAACAAGACUUGAGAACCGCACGUAUCGUCCUAACGUGGAGUUGUGUCGUGAUGCUACACAAUAUCAGUUAUGUCAUGAAGUACGGGAGAUAGAAGGUACUGUCAAAGCUUUGGUGGAAAAGCUGCAAGAGUCGCAGAAUGCCCACAACUCUCUGACCGAAAACCUGAGGCAUAUCGAGGAAGAUCUAGCAGUCAAGGUAAAUUCUUUGGCGUUGGACAACCGUUGUAUGACCUCCAGGCAGAAGUUGAAGGAGACGCCACAAGAUAUGACCCGCAUUGAACUGUUUAAUCCAACUGUGACUGACGAAGCUCACUUGAACUUCAAGACCUCGUCACCCAUGGCAACCAUGGUGGAUACCGCUACCCUAGAACGUGCAGUCACCGGUCCAAUGACAGCCUCUCGUAUGACCCCCAUGAACACGCUUCACGCCAGUGCAGUAAAAAGUGCGCGUACUCCAUUGAUAACAAACUAGAAGGAACUCUUCCGAGAUUAAAAAAAAAACAACUCGCUGAAUUCUCGACUUUAGUUGUGUAGGUGUGUGAGAAAGUCAGUAAACAGACAAGUGUGACAUAAAACCCAAUAAUAUUUUCAAUUUAGAAAAACAUACAAAAUAGGAAAAGGCAGAAAAGAAUGGAUUGAACCAUAGAUGAAUUGUGUCAACUUUUGAUAUCAAGUGCAAAUUCUGGACGUACCAAGGGAAUGUACGAUUGUAUGAUAAAAAUAAAUUUGUUUUUCGUAUUGUGUGA